UUGUAUCAUUUAAGCUGCGAAGCGAGUAAGCAAUGAACAUGGUUGUUCGUAAAAACACUUCAUUCGCGAAAUGUGUUACAUAAACACAAAGUUUCAACAGAUAUCGCAUAUUUGACAUUUUACUUCUCGAACAAGAAAACGAAACAGAAAAAUACUGAGUUCAGCAACGUUUUAUAUUAUUGCAAGUAAAAAAGUUAAUAAUUAUCAAUAUGAUGGACCAGGUGUUACCAGGAUACGCAGAGGAAUGUCGUCUUUUACAUUCUGAUCAUGGACAUAACAUGAUUGGGUAUCCGAUCGAACAAAUUUCUCCAAACUAUGAGAUGAAUCGCCAUUAUGGAGCCAUGAAACACGAGCACUUGCCUUUUCCUGGUGACCAUGACAAUGUGUCUCUAUAUUUUGGCGGGAAUCACAAGGAAUUUAGGGGUAUUGAAGAAGGAGAGCGUCGGAAAUUAAGAAGAGAACGCAAUAAAGUAGCGGCUUCGAAAUGUCGAAAUAAACGAAAAGAACACGUGAGGUAUUUGACAAAGGAGUCUGACGACUUAGAAAACAAAAACAAUGACCUACAGGAUGAGAUUUCUCUUUUACAAGCAGAAAUCAAAGAACUCGAGACAAUGCUUGACUCUCACCGUUGCAACAUGAAAAGUGAAGGGACAACACCGUAGACUGACUAACCAUUAUUCAAGAACUUAAUAUUGACUAUCAUUUUUUUGACUAACGACUUUUUUGGAAAGACAUCGUCUCCGCAGGAAGAUUUUUAAGAUCACCGCAUAAUUCAGAACCUAAUUGGCCGUUCAACACGUAGAAAGGCUUAUUUCCGGACCUUACAAAUCUUCCGAAUGCGGAGUAUCGCCAUAACAACUGACUAUACACCGACUAUACACGUCUUCUCUUACGUUACUGUCACUGUACUCUUGGGUGAUUGAUACAAGGGGAGAGGAGGUGGUGCAUUUUUAGUUUUCGCAAUGUGCAAAAGCUUAGGCUUUAAGAUUAAUGUCAGAAAAAAAUCAUUUGAAACAACGAAAGAAAUCCUAAAUGACGUUUGAAAACUUUCUUUUCUCACAUUCGCGCAAAAAAAUUCCUUAGUGCGCGCGCUUAAGUCUUUUAAAUCCUUUUUUAAUGUCUUUUUUCCGUGCAUAUUUUCCACUUUGCAACAACACUAGCUUUAAACAGGCCAAUACGCGUGAAAGAAUUUUUUUCACUUACUUGAAAAUUAGUAAAAGUGUUUUGCAAAAUAAAUUGCGCAAUCA